GGUUCGGGAUUGUUUCCCCUCCGGUGUCUGCUGGAGAAGUCGCAAGGUAAGAAUUAACCAUUCUUCAUGGUGUUGAUUCGGUAUUAACUAGAAUAUAGGAUAAUCCAGUGAACAAGUGGUAUUUUGAGCGCAGUAGAGCUACCCUGAAGCUAUCUGAUACGAAUUGGACAAUGUUCUUCACGACACCUGAAGAGAGUAUGGAUCAUCAAACUUUCAAAGAUUAUGAGGCUGUGUGUAAGGUGAUUGAACCUUCUUGGGCAGAUAGAAAGGGGAUCCAGGAUUGAACAUGAUAUCUCAGUUUUGGAAGGCUCUUGGACACUUGGAAUUUUCGUAUACUCGAUGAAUGAUGAGGCAAGAGUGGAUCAGGUUUCCUUCAGGUUGGAAGUUUAAAUCUUUGGAAAAGAAAAGGUUGGGGGAUCUUAUCAGCACGGAAAGCUGUAUAUUUUCCCUGCUCACCAAAAAUCAAUUCACUCGAGGUCGCGCAAGUUUUAAAAAGCGGUUAUGGAGGUUAUAUAGUUGCAUUUGGAGAUACCCUCGAAUAUAAUUUCACCGUUUGUUUGAUAACAUGUUCAUAGGUGUAGCUAACCAUGAGAAUGAUACUAUAACUAUAACUAAACCUUCCUGCCAAUAAAAAAACAUUAUGAUUAACGUGAGAUCAAAGGAAAAGAGAAUUUAUGUCCUCCUUCAUAUCUAGUGAAUGAUUAUCACCGUCUUUUUAUCUCGCCGUCUUCUUAUCAGUUCUCACGUGAAGAUGAUUGUAACCUUAGGCAAAAUCAAGCUAAGCUAAGCUAUCAAUUCCAUGUGAACAAGCAACAUCAACAUUAAGGUCAACCCCCCUCUCUGUUUACCAUAUCAAAGCAAAACCCCUCCGCCGGGUAUACAUUAUCCAAAUUACCAAACAGCAUCGCAUAUCUCGACAUUAUACCAUACAAUACAAAGAUACAUACAUGAAUAUGGAUUUCUCCAAAUUCCAAGCCUUUGGCAAGAAUGUCUCGUAAGUAAUUUUCCAAACCCCAACAUCAAGCUACAAACAGACAGGCAAAGGGAGAUAGCAUCUCUUCCCAAUUAUUAUAGAAAAACACACAUAACCACAAAACUAACAUGCAUCCAACCCCCAGAGCCACCUUUACACCCUUCGCAGCGCGCACCCAACAAUACGUUAAAGAGCGCCUCGGCCAAUCCGAAGAUAAAACUCAACUCCCGCCUGAUUAUAUAGAGUUGGAGAAGAGGGUCGAUGCUUUGAAGAAGGUGCAUCAGAAGAUGUUGGCUGUGACGGCGACUUUUAAUCAGGAGGGGUAUGAUUAUCCGCAGAAUUUGAGUGAAUCGGUAGGUUUGUUUUUUGUUUUUGGGUAGGGGAGGGGGAAUGUUUGAUGUUCGUGGGAGGGAAUUGGGAUGAGAAUGAAUAAAUGACGCUCCGCUGGCUCUCCGAGGGCCACUACCGUGGUGGCUGACUGUUUGGUGCGGGGGAAGGUGUUUUAUGCGGGAAAUCUUUAAGCACAGGGAGUUUGGGGGGCUUGAGAGCUGCCUAGUGGUGGGGUAGCGCGGGGGGAAGCUUUUAUAUCAACGUUCAAAACCUUCGAGCGCAGCGAGCUAUGGGGUUUGGGGGCUUAACCCCAUGAAUUCCUCAAAAUUGAAGCCACUGGAUACGAUAAGUUUGCUAAUAUUCCAUUAAAUAAUAGUUCAACGAUCUUGGUCGCACUGUUUCUGAGAAAGUUCAUCUCCUCUCUUCUGCUACAUCUCCCGCCGAAGCUCAAGCUGCUCUUACAGCUCCUCCAUCCGCCAAACCUCAACCAAAAACCUUUAACCAUGCAAUCGCUCGUGCAUCUUUAGCAUCUAGCCAGAUCCUUCAACAACAAAAUACUUCUGGAAAUGAAGAUCCUUUAGCUACAGCUCUUGAGAAAUACGCUCUUGCAGAGGAACGAGUUGGAGAAGCAAGACUCGCACAAGAUAGUCAAAUUCAAAGUCGUUUCCUCGCAGGUUGGUCUACAACAUUGAAUACUAAUUUGAUGUUUGCGACUCGUGCUAGAAAGAGUGUUGAGAAUUCAAGAUUAUUGCUUGAUGCUGCAAAAGCAAAAGCUAAGAGUUCAAAAUGGCAUUUACCGGGUCAAGCUGCUCCUCAACAUGAUGGAAAUGAUGAUGAGAUGUUAAGUGAAGAAGCUAGAGUUGAAAUUGAACAAGCGGAGGAUGAGUUUGUUGGACAAACUGAAGAAGCUGUUGGUGUCAUGAAGAAUGUAUGUUUGAUCUUUUUGUCGUUUAUUUUAAGAAUAAAACUAAUUCACACAUUUAGGUCCUUGAUACCCCUGAACCUCUCCGAAACCUUGCCGAUCUUAUUGCUGCCCAACUUGAAUUUCAUAAGAAGGCAUAUGAAAUUCUUAGUGAACUUGCCCCGGCCAUUGAUGGUCUUCAAGUUGAACAAGAAGUGAGACGCUCUGAGGCAUUUUCCGCCCUAUAAUGUUAUUUUUCCCUUUUUCACUUCUAGAAUCCUAGAAGAGUGUUGCAGUUAGAAUAUGAAAUAUCACAGUUCAGUUAGCUGAUGAAGUGUUUUCUAUGUAGGCUAGCUAUCGAAAGAAUCGUGAUGGUGGAAGUGCUUAGAGCCAUCAAUAAAUUGAGAUUUGGUGUGUUUGGACGAAAAGUUUCAGAGUCGGGUGCUAUGAUUUGGGAUUUGAAGUGAGGUUGGGUGGUAAAGUGAACUUUAUGGCGGUUAGGUUAGUCUUUGGGUGGAAGGAUUAGUAUGAAGGAUUGGUUUUUGCUGCAGAGAGGAAUGUGUGGCGACUUGUUGUCUUGUACGGAUUGUAUCUUGGCGUGGCUUUUGGGAGGGCGUAAGUAGUUCUUUUCUUUCUUUGUUUUGAGCAAAAGAUAGAUACCUAGAUAGGUAUUUCAGUUAAGCACGAAUGAAGUAUUGAUAUUUAUGUUCUUUUUUUCCUGUAUUGGAUUGAAGGUGUAAAA